AUGAACCAACGUUCCGUGAUCUCUGCCACGGUCCGCGAUGCCACCGAAAAUGACAGUGUACAACAGAAGGCAGUGGAGUACCAACACUCCAAUUGGCCACAGCCAGAGAAAUCAUUCUCGCGCAUCCAUGUGGAUUUUGCCGGACCAAUCAACGGACAAAGAUUCCUCGUCGUUGACGAUGAAUUCAACCUCGAAAUCACUGGCUCACAAGGUCGUGUCUGUUCGUGGGCUUCUCAGCUAGUCAUCGUCUGCUUCAAAUGCGCCGCUGGUAUACCUAGUCGUUUAUGA